AUGGGGAACGUCGAAGCCGAGCAUGCGGAGCGUUCAGAGGAGAAGGUAUCUCCAAAGGUCAAACCUGAUGAAGAACCCAUCAUCACGACCAUAGACUGCUUCCGAAUACUCUUCGGACUGCUCCUCCUCAACUCCCUCCUCAGCUACUUCAUCACCGGCGACAGCUACACGUGGAAUUACAAUCCAUACUGGAUGAGACCCAAGGCUCUUGCAGCCAAACUGCGAGGACCCACCGUCCUCACUGAUACCCAACUACUUUCAUACUCCGGCACCGAUCCUUUUCUUCCCAUCCUCCUUGCACUCAACGGCACAAUAUACGAUGUCUCCACCAAUCCCUCGACAUAUGGUCCCGGUGGACCUUACCACGUCUUCGCUGGUCGAGACGCCGCUCGGGGCUUCGUUACAGGGUGCUUCGCGGAGGACAAUGUCCCUGAUCUCCGUGGUGUGGAAUGGACAUUUGUGCCUCGAGAUGUCCCUCGAUACGAAGAGAUCUCCGACGAGCUGCUUGACGAAGAGAAGCGGCAGUACAGGAAGGACAUGCUGGUCAAGGCGCAUGAGGGAGUGGAGGAUACCAUCAAGCACUGGGCGAAGCUGUUUCGCGGGGAGACUGGCAAGGACUAUUUCGAAGUUGGAUAURUGAAGAGGGAUGCAGAGGAAAUGGCGAGGCAGCCUCUUCGCGAGCUAUGUGGUCCUGCGGAGAGGAAGAGGCCAAAGAAGAGUCAGAUGAAGGCCAAGAUUGAAGGUGCAGCGCAGGCGAGCAGUGGUGGGAAGAAAGAGUUGUAA